AUGCGCGAAGAGAACUUCAAAGUGUAUCUCAUUGGCCUCGACAAGGAAAUCGCCGAUUGCCACACUCUGAUUAACCUUCAGGGAAAGCUGAACUGCAAGUUCGUUGUCGGCUAUUACUUCGGUGAUAAACCACAGCGUCCUAACCUCAAAGAGCGCUGGCCACAAUCCUCUGAAGAAAAUUUGAAGCGCCUUGCUGAUGCUGGCAUCCCGCUGGAUCGCCAAAUUCCGAAAUGCGUCAACUGUGGCCAAAUGGGACAUGGAUCGCGUGCAUGUCCGGACGAGCGUUCGGUUGUCGAGAAGGUGGAGGUUAAGUGUGUGAAUUGUAACGGAAUGGGACAUCGUGCUCGCGAUUGUACAGAGAAGCGGAUUGACAAGUUUAGCUGUCGUAACUGCGGUGAGGAGGGCCACAUUUCUAAGGAAUGCGAUAAGCCGCGUAAUUUGGACACCGUCACCUGUCGUAACUGUGAAGAAGCAUUUUUCGCGGUAGUCGGCCAUUACUCUCGCGACUGCACCAAAAAGAAGGAUUGGACUAAAGUUCAAUGCAACAAUUGCAAAGAGAUGGGCCAUACCGUCCGGCGCUGCCCCAAGCCAGUGGAAGGAGAAAAUGCAGGUGAUGGUUUUGGCGACUACGGCUUCGGCAAUAACCCAGGAUAUGAUGAUAUGGGCGGAUCCCGGAAAGAUGAUGGGGCGUUCCCAGAGGGCACUCCGAGCUGGAUGAAUGCUGGCGAUGGCGGCACCACAGUCCCCACCUGGUAG